GCUGAGAAUGCUGUGAGCGCCAUCCACCCCGCACCUGCAUUCAAACACACACUCGCCCCACUCCUCCACCUCGCACACCUUCCCUUCCAUCUGAACACGCACCCCCUGGUCUGGCCGGAUGAGUUACCACCCGGUGGACACGAUAGGGAGUCCAUUCAGGAGAAGUAUGGAUAGUAGGACCACCUACGGCCGCUCCACUGGCACCCCCUCCAGCGGGUUCCGUUCUCAGUCCUGGUCCCGGUCAAGCCCAGGCUCCACGAUGACCUCCUCCUACAAGAGGAGCGUCAAUAUGCCGGUAUCCAGAGCGUACAGCUCCACACUCCUCAGCUCCGCCGACAGCGUUGAUUUCAGUAAAACGAACGGAGACUACAAGUGCUCCAAUGAGAAAGAGCAGCUCCAGGGGCUCAACGACCGCUUCGCCGGCUACAUCGACAAGGUGCACUACUUGGAGCAGCAGAACAGCCAGAUCGAAGAGGAGAUCCAGACGCUGCGGCAGAAGCAGGUGUCGCAGUCCCAGCUAGGCGACUUAUAUGACCAGGAACUCCAGGAGCUCCGCUCCAUGCUGGAGCAGAUCCACCACGAUAAGGCGCAGAUCCAGCUCGACACGGACCACAUCGAGGAUGACAUCCAGAGAAUUAGGGACCGCUUCGAUGAGGAAGCCCGCAUCAGGGAUGAGACGGAAGGCAUCAUCCGGGCGCUAAAAAAAGAUAUGACCGACUCUGAGUUGAUGAAGUCAGAGAUGGAGAAGAAAGUUCAGUCACUGCAUGAUGAGAUUGCCUUUAUCCGCAACAACCAUGAGGAAGAGGUGAGCGACCUGUUCGCCCAGGUGCAGGCGUCGCAGGUGACCAUGGAGAGGAAAGACAUCCAGAAGACGGACAUCACCGAGGCGCUCCGGGAGAUCCGCACCCAGCUCGAGGGCCACUCCAACCAGAACCUGCAGCAGGUGGAGGACUGGUUCAUGUGCCGCUAUUCCAAGCUCACUGAUGCUGCGGAACAAAACAAAGAUGCAAUCAAGUCCGCCCGUGAUGAGAUAGCAGACUACCGCCGCCAGCUCCAGUCCAAGACCGUGGAGUUAGAGUCAGUCCGUGGAACCAGGGAGUCACUGGAGAGGCAGUUGAAUGACAUCGAGGACCGACACAACAGCGACUUGUCCAGCCUGCAGGAGACCAUCCACCAGCUGGAUAAUGAGCUCAAGGGCACGAAGUGGGAGAUGGCGCGUCAUCUGCGCGAGUACCAGGACCUGCUCAAUGUCAAGAUGGCCCUCGACAUUGAGAUUGCUGCAUACAGGAAACUCCUAGAAGGUGAAGAGACCCACUUUAGCACUUUCCCUUACCGCCACACUGUCACCUCCUCUAAGAAGUCCAAGUAUGAGCCUCCCAAACUGAAAGUCCAGCAUAAGUUUGUAGAGGAGAUCAUUGAGGAGACCAGGGUGGAGGAUGAGAAGGAUGAGAUGGACCAGGCCCUGGCUGAGAUGGCCCAGGAGCUGUCUUCCGCUCUGGAGGCAGAGGGAGCAGAUGAAGGAGAGGAUGAGGGAGAAGAGGGAGGAGAAGAAGCAGAGGGAGAGGGUGAAUCAGAAGAGGUUGUAGCCUCCACUGAAGCCCAAGUGAGCUCCAGCACACCUGCUGAGGAGGAAGAGGAGGACAAAGAAGGUGGUGAUGAAGAUGAAGAGGGAGAAAAAGAAGAAGAGGGUGAGAAAGGAGAAGAGGAUGAGGGUGAGAAGGGAGAUGAUACAGAAGGUGGUGAUGAGGGAGAAGGAGAGGGGGAAUUAGAGGAGACAGUCCUGUGCUCUAAAGCCCCAGAAUCAAAGGCCUCUCCUGACAAAGAGAAGGCUGGAGAGAAGGAGGGAAGCGGAGGAGAAGAGGAGACAGCAGAGGGAGAGGGAGAAGAGGAGGGUGAUGGUAAAGAUGAAGAUGCAGGUAGUGACAAAGGAUCCAAAGAGGGAGAUGAUAAGGAUGAGAAAGAGGACAAAACAGAUGAGGCAGCUGUAGCCAAGACAGAGGCUCCCAAAACAGAAGCCCCCAAGAGUGAGGCCCCAAAUGCUGAAGUCCAGACAUCUGAGGCCCCAAAGCCCUCCAAGCCAGACUCCCUAAAAGCUGAAUCCCCAAAGGCUGGGUCCCCCAAGUCUGAGUCACCAAAAGCUGGAUCCCCCAAACAUGAAUCCCCCAAAGCUGGAACCCCCAAAUCUGAAUCUCCAAAACCUGGCUCCCCCAAAUCUGAAUCCCCAAAACCUGCUGGAUCCCCCAAAUCUGAAUCCCCAAAACCUGCUGGCUCCCCCAAAUCUGAAUCCCCAAAACCUGCUGGAUCCCCCAAAUCUGAAUCCCCAAAACCUGCUGGAUCCCCCAAAUCUGAAUCCCCAAAACCUACAGGAUCCCCCAAAUCUGAAUCCCCAAAACCUGCUGGAUCCCCCAAAUCUGAAUCUCCAAAACCUGCUGGCUCCCCCAAAUCUGAAUCCCCAAAACCUGCUGGCUCCCCCAAAUCUGAAUCCCCAAAACCAGCUGGCUCCCCCAAAUCUGAAUCCCCAAAACCUACAGGAUCCCCCAAAUCUGAAUCCCCAAAACCUACAGGAUCCCCCAAAUCUGAAUCCCCAAAACCUGCUGGAUCCCCCAAAACUGAAUCCCCAAAACCUACAGGAUCCCCCAAAUCUGAAUCCCCCAAAUUAGGAUCCCCCAAAGCAGAGUCCCCUAAGGGUGAGGCCCCCAAACCAGAAGCUCCAAAGUCAGAGGCCCCCAAGGCUGCAGAAGAGAAAGUAGACAAAAAGAGUGAUUCAGAGGAAGAGAAGAAGGUAGAAAAGAAAGACGCAGCCUUGAACGGAGAUGUGGAGAAGACUGCAACAGAGGACAAGAAGGAUGAGGAGAAGAAAGAGGCAGAGGAGAAGGAUGUUAUCUCAAAUGGAGUGGACGAGAGCCCCACUAAAGAUGACCCCGACCAGAAAGAUGACACCAAGGACCAGAAGGUGGUCAUCACCAAAACGGUGGAGACCAUCACCACUGGAGAGGACGGGGCCAAGCAUGUCACCAAAUCAGUCACUGUCACCGAGACUGUGAAGGAGUCUGAGGAUGUGAUGCAGGAGAAGACGGUCUCCAGCAAGAAGAUGGAGAAACACUCUUCCCAGUCCAUCAAGGUGGUGACUGAAACCGAGUGACUGCGUUCCAACCAACCCACCCAGGAAGAACAGAGGACACAACGACAAGCAAUCAACCCAGAACUAACAUAACAAAUAAAUCAUACAGCUAGAGCGAUGUAAUAAAGAUAACCACUCUCAAACAUACAGAAAAGCAAAGAGAGAAGUCAUAUGAUGUGAAAAAGCUCAAGUUAAAAAAAUGCAUGUUGAGUGAAAGCUUUAAAUGGGUUUUGCUGCAGAUUUUGUCAGGAAAAUGUGGUAGUGGGACAGAUGAUUAAUUAUCUUUCUUUUUCCCUGCAGUUCCCAGGAGGGCUCACGGGUGGGGGCGUCUGCAUGCUAGCUCAGGGAGGGAGUCCCCUCCUCUCUAACCUGUAUGUAUGUAUGGAAGGGUUACAGUUUAAAUGCAUAUGUGGGUGGGAGAGUGAUCGAAAUGUAUCUUAAUUCAAAUGUUAAUUCAAAAAGGGGUGUCUGGGUUGGAGGGUCCACUUUAGAGACACAUGUUCAAAAGGAGUAGCCUUUUUAUGUGAAGAUACCAACUGAGCCAAAAAUACAAUCGUCUACAACACAAUAUAGUGAAGAAUGAGAAAGACGAUGGUGCAAUGAACUGAUGAUCAUAAACAUACAACUAAAGCAUAAAGAACCUUGAAGAAACUCCUAGCCUUAAACAUCAGUAUCUAUUAUGUUUACCUAAUGAGUGCAAUUGAAAAUAAAUAUGUAAAUGCGCACACAUACAUUCUUGUAUGCAUAGGAUGGACUUGAAUUUAAAUAGCAAACAUAAAUGAGGUGCUACAGUUUGCAAUCCCAUGUCUUUACUCAUCAUUAACUAUUUCCCAGCAGCAUUUGCUCAAUAAAUGUCAUACUGAAAUACAAA